AUGGCCAACACAUACCCACAGAUACGCGCCGCAGCGAUAGACGAGAGAGCCCACAACAUUUACUAUCGACAAGUGCAGCUCGAAACUCUUGCGAAAGCAGUGAUCGACAACACCUCCCGUAUCAGUGAAGCUAUAGCAUCCGGUUACGGUCAUAGCCAAGCAGAGAUAGCUGUAGAACUCAACCUGGCCACAACAGCGAUCCGCAACGACUACGCAAGUCUCCAGCCUAAGAAGGCGCAUGAGGAGGAGUAUCUACUCGCAAGCAGCAAGAAUGCUGCUGAGUCGAGACGCCCGGCUGGUGUAGUGUACAUCGAGCCCUCGACGCAUACGCUGUUCUACUCUGUUAUUGUGCCAUUGAGUGCGGGAAUUGCGACUGGAAACUGUGUGGUCGUCUUGCUCGAGAACAACCUCCGUACUCUCUCUUCUCUUCUCCGCGACAUCCUGACCAAAGCCUUGGACCGAGAUACCUUCGCCAUUGCGUCAGAACGUAUCACAGACCAGGACUUCCUCGAGUUAGCAAUCCACGUCGACCAGGCCAGCAAUGAUCAAUGGCCGCGUGCGAAUCAGAUCUCCUCUCUGGCUAGCACAAGAACAGUAGCCGUUGUCGAUCGGACUGGCGAUGUGACGCAAGCCGCUCGCAACCUAGUCGCUGCAAGAUUCAGCUUCGGUGGUCGAAGUCCAUAUUCGCCAGAUACAGUCUUUGUGAACGAGUUUGUCAAGCAGGAGUUCCUACAGGCCGUUGUUGGCGAGUGUGUGAAGCUGGGUAGUGGAGUCACUAUGAACGGCAGUACCAAGGGCAAGCCCGCCAGCAAAGUCAACGAACAGAUCGAUUCGCUUCGCAAGGCCGACCCGGACCUCAGAGUCGUGCUACAGGAAAGCAAGUUCGCCGUCGUGGAACUCACAUCACGUAACCCAGAAGUCCUGGCACAGAAGGUCGAGGCAUCAGUGAUGGUCGUCCACGCCUUUCGGAGUCUAGACGAUGUCAUCGACACCGUCAACAGCACAGGGAAGAACGUGCCCAGUCUCGCAGCCUACCACUUCAGCAACCCAGCCUCGGCCAAAUACUUGACCCAGUUCAUCGAAGCGAGCGUGACUUUCGUCAACCACAUUCCAGCUGAGAUCCUCGUCGGUCCAGCAUUUGCCACUGGUCGACCUGUAGAUCUGGCAGUGCGGUACCCGAGAGAACUAUUCCAGCUGCGAAGACCAGCUUUCAUCAGCAACACCACCACUUCAACUGCAUUGAGUACGGCGCUCGCAUCCCACAAUAGUCCUGCGGCCGCGAAGCUACUGGCAGAGGCUUCAGCGCCACUAGCACUCUUCAAGCGACACCCGGGUGGCGGCGUGGGUUUCUUUGAGCAAGGCUUCUUGAUGAAUGCUGGUAUUCUUCUGACUACCACCAUUAGUGUCUCGGGCUUCACGAUAUACUGGCUGGUCAAGCAUGGAAAGCGAAUAUGGUAG